CCCUCGGCUGCAGUGGCCACGGGCUUCCCCGCGGGACAGACACCUCUGCGCACGCGUCUGGAGGAGGUCCGGCUGGCGGUGGAGGAUGGGGCCGCGGAGGUGGACGUGGUCAUCAACCGGACCCUGGUGCUGGAGGGCCGCUGGGAAGCCCUGUACGAGGAGAUCCGUGCAUUCCGCCAGGCCUGUGGGGAGAAGGUGCACCUCAAAACCAUCCUAGCCACCGGGGAGCUGGGCUCACUCACCAAUGUCUACAAGGCCAGCAUGGUGGCCAUGAUGGCAGGGUCUGAUUUUAUUAAAACGUCCACGGGAAAGGAGACAGUCAACGCCACCUUCCCCGUGGCCAUCGUGAUGCUUCGAGCCAUCCGAGACUUCUUCUGGAGAACGGGAAGGAAGGUGGGGUUCAAGCCCGCGGGCGGCAUCCGCAGUGCGCGGGACGCCCUGGCCUGGCUGUCGCUGGUGAAGGAGGAGCUGGGGGACGCCUGGCUGCAGCCCGACCUCCUGCGCAUCGGGGCCAGUGGCCUCCUCCUGGACAUCGAGAGGCAGAUUUACCAUCACGUGACUGGACGGUACGCGGCCUACCACGACCUGCCCAUGUCCUGACCGCGCCCGUGCCCCCGGGGGCCCUUCCAGACCUUCUAGAAGUCACCCCGCACACCAGGGCUGAGAGGGCCAGAAGUAGGGGACCAGCCUCGAGGCUCCCGCCUGUCAUCCCGGCUACUCCGGAGGCUGAGAUGUGAGGAUCGCGGUUCAAAGCCAGCCCGGGCAG